AUGCAUGGGACAUUGGCGAAAUCUUCAGCAUGUUACGCUGCAUUGCAGGGGUGCGUGGUUGACGAUGCAAGAAACAGGACAUAUAUACUCACCCAACUCCCUACUCCAAGGGACUCUCUCCUCAGUCUUACUGGGAUGUCGCGGAGCCGCAGCAUCUCGACUUUCUUUUACUCUCCACCCUUUGUUUUUUUUUACAAUUUCCCUCUCUUCUCUUCGACCGGCGGUUCCGGAGUAUUGAUUGGACAGGGCGUUAUUGUGCAUGUACUAGUAUUACCAGCCGGCUAUUCACCAUUCACUAUGGAGAAAAAAACCCCAAACCCCCUGUCUCCUCCGUAUACUGCCUUCUAUGCUGGCUAUAAAGGGGGGAAUAACAACCACAACUCUCGGGACUUCCUCGACCAGAAACAUUAUCGUAACCAGCCGCCGGCAACAUCUCAUCUCUUUUUCCAUCUCUUGCCCGCCGACAUACCUGACUGCUUUCCCGGGAGUGACUUCGUCGUCAUGUUCAUCAACGACGAAGAACUAAAUGGCGUGGGCAAAGUCCAGUCAAAGGGCAUCUAUCACGGGCUGCCUGUCUUCCCAGAGUCUCUGAAGGGCCUUUCUGCCAUCAUAACGGGCGCAAAUGGAAUAUCUGGCCAUCAUAUGCUUCGGGUCCUGGCUGAAUCACCAGAAAGAUGGACAAAUAUCUACUCCAUGUCAAAACGGCCACCGCUAGUACCCACGAAAUGGAAGACGAACGUCCAGCACAUCUCGCUGGAUUUCCUUGACAGCACGCCAGUGGAGCUAGCCAUGGCCAUGAAAGAAAAUGGUGUGAAAGCUGACUACAUCUUCUUCUUCUCGUACAUUCAAUCAGAACCUGAGGAUGGUGGCGGCAUCUGGUCUGCUGCAGAAGAGUUAGUCAGGGUCAAUACGGCGAUGCUCUCUAACUUCCUGGAUGCCGUUAAGCUUGCAGGAAUCACGCCCAAGCGGGUCAUGCUGCAGACUGGAGCCAAAAACUAUGGCAUCCAUCUUGGUCCCACGAUGACACCCCAAAGGGAGGGCGAUCCUCGCGUCUUGCUGGAGCCCAACUUCUACUACACCCAGGAGGAUACGCUCUUCAGGUAUUGUGAAGAAACCGGUGCAAGCUGGAAUGUAGUUAUGCCAUCUUUCGUGCUCGGUGCCGUGAAAGAAGCUGCCAUGAACAUGAUGUAUCCUCUGGGUAUCUUUGGGGCUAUCCAGGCACACCUUGGACGGCCUCUUGUCUAUCCGGGAGAACUCGCUUCGUAUAUGAUGCCUCUGGAUUUAUCGUCGGCCACGUUAAACGGAUAUCUGGAAGAAUGGGCUGUUCUCACCCCCAAGGCUGCAAACCAGGCAUUCAAUGCUUGUGACAACAGCGCCUUCACCUGGGCUGCAUUCUGGCCCACAUUUGCCAGCUGGUACAACUUGCCAUACCAGAUUCCCGAUGAUGAAAAAUCACAGUACAUUUCAAUUCCGACUCAAUAUGAGCCGCCACCAAGAGGAUUCGGUCCCCGAGGCAUCAUCCGGCUGAAAUAUGCGCUCUCCCACUGGGCCACUGACCCCGAAGUCCAAGAUGCAUGGAAAGUAUUAAGUCAGAAACAUAACCUGCAAACUAAUCCAUUCCAAAGCGCAAAGGACAUUCAUCGCCUGUUUAGCUUUACAGAUAGUGCAUUACUUAUGGCAUGGCCACUCCAAUUUAGGUCAGGACUCUUUGUUGAUUUUCUUUUUCUUUUUCUUUUGCUUUUUGGCUUCCGCACAAAAUGCCAUAAACUUGGCUGGUUUGGAGCUGUUGAUACCAUUGAAUCUAUGCGGCAGAUUCUAUAUGAGUUUGUUGGGCUUCGGAUGCUGCCCCCUCUUCCGAGCUUCAAAGAAUAA